AAGACUGUUCAGCGGAACUCCUCUGUUGGCUCCCAGAGUUAUUCAAGGCCAUCUUAUCAAGAUAGUCCAAGAAGCAGACGAGAAGCUCUACCAGAUGUUGAACAGCUGUUUGGUGAUGAGUGCAGGGAGGCUUUAUCUACAAUGAGGCACUCAACAGAUGAAUCUGUGGUCAAAGAGAGAAUGAGGGCAACUUUCCAGUAUAGACAAAAGCUGGUUCGUGAUAAAGAUGCGUCAAUGUCUGUUCUGGACAACUUUCCUCGUUUCCUUGACAUUCCUGGAUUGAUUGACCAGGACUUUGCCAUGAUGUUUGGAGAUGAGGUGUCCAGUAGGUUUCUAGCGAAGUGGCCUACUUUUUUCAAGCCCAGAGUCAUAAGCGACUGCAGGACACUCGCCCCAAAUCAGUAUGCUGAGGAACUGCUGUCAGCAAUUGAACCCCAACCUGAGGAUAUCUAUGGUUGGGACAGUGACAUGUCAGCAAUUCUCCUGCUUCUACAUCUACUUCCCCCAACUGCGAGAGGCCAGAAAAAAACAGCGAAGAUCAGUUCAGCCCAGGCAGCUAACCAUCUUGUGCGAUACAUUCCAGAAGGAGCCAGUCUCACUACCUUCCUUGAAAGAGCUGAAACGAAACAGCCCUUCCUCCUCUGCAUUGGUGAGCAAAAGAACAAAAUCUUAAAGUUCUACAUCAUCAUUGACCAGAAGGCUGUUCCAUGCAAGGCUCAGACAUCGGUGGCUGCUUUUGAUGAGCUAUUUAAAGCUCACUAUGUCUUCAGUCUCUCCUAUGAUGAAGCUCUGAGCAAUUUUUAUACAUUUGUGCAGACCACAGUGUAUAAUAUUGAUAUUGGAGUUACCAAGGAGAGCCCUCGGGUUAAGGAGCUUAGAGCAAGACUGCUACAGCACAACAUCUGAACAGUUUGUUGGAAUUGCCAAGGAGAUCCCCUGUGUUCAGGAACUUGGAGCAGCAAGACUGCUUCAACAUAACAGCUGAACAAACAGUUUGUUGAAAAUGUUCACAUGUUUUGUUUGUAAAGUGCACCACCGUAGUUGUUUGCUCCUUUGUCAGCAUUUGAAAUUUCACCAUGGCUUAUAUCCUGGCAAAAGUUUACGUUUGAAAUGUGGAGAGCGAGGAUGUUCUUUAUCAUUUUGUACUUACAGUGGUUUUAGGAAGCACCUGAACAAUAUACAUAGGGACACCACCCUUCCCCACGUGGACACUACCCAGGAUUUCACUACACAAAGUGAAGAUGAGGUGCAGUUUUCAAGUAAUCAACCACAAAGUUCAACUUCUGUUGCUAUUUCGGAAGCAUUUCAUGUACAUUCACAGAGUUCUGAUGGUACGUCCCAGCUGUCAUCUAUGUGUGGUUCAAUUGUUGCACAUUUACAAGCAGCAGGUAUUUGUGAAAGCACUGUUCAAACAAUUGUUAGCUCAAUGGAAGAAGUUGUUAAUGACAUUCACAACCAAACACGAGAGGCAGUUCGUAAAACCUUUUCUCCUGAAGAAACAAAUUCAGAUGUUUUAAAAACUAAAA